AUGCCUCCAAUCGACGUGGAAAAGACCAUUGAGGAGCUGACACUCGGCGAGAAGGUCGACCUCACGGCUGGCAAGGAUUUCUGGCACACGGCUUCCAUCCCCCGCCUGAAUAUCCCUGCACUGCGCAUGUCCGAUGGACCAAAUGGCGUCCGCGGCACACGCUUCUUCAACGGCAUCCCAGCCGCCUGUUUCCCCUGCGCAACAGCCCUAGGAGCCACCUGGGAUGCCGAGCUCUUAUCCCAGGUCGGUGCAUUGAUGGGCGAAGAAGCCAUAGCAAAAGGAACGCAUAUCGUGCUUGGUCCCACGAUUAAUAUCCAGCGGUCGCCGCUGGGUGGCCGUGGGUUUGAAUCCUUUUCCGAGGAUGGUGUGCUUUCCGGUACGUUGGCGGGCCAUUUCUGCAAGGCAUUGCAAGAUAAGGGCGUUGCUGCGACACUGAAGCACUUUGUCUGCAAUGAUCAAGAACACGAGCGUAUGGCGGUUAGUAGUAUUCUUACUAACCGGGCGUUGCGUGAGAUCUAUUUGAUGCCGUUCCAGUUGGCCAUGCGUAUCUGUCGCUCGCAGUGUGUGAUGACGGCUUAUAAUAAGAUUAACGGAACUCACGUCAGUGAGAACAAGGCUAUAAUUGACGAUAUUCUUCGCAGGGAGUGGGGUUGGGAAGGUGUUGUGAUGAGUGACUGGUUUGGAACCUACAGCACCUCUGAUGCUAUCAUUGCCGGUCUUGAUAUUGAGAUGCCAGGCAAGACCCGCUGGAGAGGACAGGCGCUUGCACAUGCCGUCUCGUCGAAUAAGGUUGCACAGUACCAGCUUGAUGAGCGUGUACGCAAUGUGCUCAACCUUGUCAACUGGGUCGAGCCUCUUGGGAUUCCAGAGAAUGCACCAGAAAGUGCACUCAACCGGCCAGAAGAUCAGGCUCUCAUGCGCCGUGCCGCUGCCGAGUCUGUUGUGCUUAUGAAGAACGAAGGAGAUAUUCUUCCUUUGAAAAAAGAUGGUUCAUUGCUAGUCAUUGGACCCAAUGCCAGAAUAUCGGCCUACUGCGGCGGUGGUUCGGCGUCUCUGGCCCCAUACUACACAGUUAGUCCCUUGCAAGGUGUAUCUGCCAAAAGCAAUGGAGAUGUCAAGUUCAGCCAGGGUGUGUAUUCACACAAAGAGCUACCACUCCUCGGCCCGCUGUUGAAGACUGCCGAUGGUAAGCCUGGGUUCACCUUCAAGGUGUACAAUGAGCACCCCAACUCUGGUGCAGACCGUCAGGUGGUGGAUGAGUUGCAUCUGCUCGAAUCAUCUGGUUUCUUGAUGGACUACGUCAAUCCCAAAAUCAAAUCUAUGACCUACUACGUCGACAUGGAGGGGUCUUUCACCCCCGAGGAGAGUGGAGUGUAUGACUUCGGUGUCACAGUCGUUGGAACAGGACGCCUCCUCAUCGAUGACGAUGUCGUCGUCGAUAAUACCAAGAACCAGAAGCAAGGCUCUGCCUUCUUUGGCACAGCCACAAUUGAGGAACGUGGUAUCAAAGAGCUCAAUGCCGGUCAGACAUACAAAGUCGUCUUCCAAUUCGGCAGUGCACCAACUUCGGACCUGGACACCCGUGGAAUCGUAGCCUUCGGUCCAGGUGGCUUCCGCUUCGGCGCCAGCAGACAAGUCAGCCAGGAAGAGCUGAUCGCCAAUGCAGUCGAGCAAGCCAAGACAGCAGAUCAGGUCGUCAUCUUCGCCGGCCUGACUCUUGAAUGGGAGACUGAGGGCCAUGACCGCGAGCACAUGGACCUACCACCUGGCAGUGACGAGCUCAUCAGCCGUGUGCUAGAUGUCAACCCCAACGCAGUGAUUAUCCUCCAGUCUGGUACCCCAGUCACAAUGCCGUGGGAGUCCAAGGCCAAGGCCCUCGUACAGGCCUGGUUCGGCGGCAAUGAAUGUGGAAACGGUAUUGCCGAUGUCCUCUACGGCGACGUCAACCCUUCCGCGAAAUUGCCUCUUACCUUCCCCCGCCGCUUGCAAGAUAACCCCUCUUACCUCAACUUCCGCUCCGAGCGCGGUCGCGUCCUCUACGGUGAAGACAUCUACGUCGGCUACCGGUACUUCGAGAAGAGCGAGGUGGCUCCCGGAUUUAGCUUCGGACACGGUUUAUCAUACACGACGUUCGCGCGUUCAGAUCUGCGCAUCGAGACUGUCCCCGAGCAGUCCAAAUAUGCCGAGUCUGGCGAGCCGGUCACUGCUUCUGUCACAGUGUCCAACACUGGCUCUGUGGCUGGUGCUGAGGUGGUUCAGCUGUGGAUUGUGCCUCCGAAGACGGAUGUCGGACGGCCUUUGCGUGAGCUGAAGGCAUUCAAGAAGGUUUUCUUGCAGCCUGGAGAGACACAGACUGUGCAGUUGGUUGUAGAGAAGAAGUUGGCAACGAGCUGGUGGGACGAGGAGCGGGAGCAGUGGAUCUCUGAAAAGGGGACCUACCAGGUUCUUGUCACUGGUACUGGAGCUGAUCAGCUACAUGGGGAGUUUGAUGUUGGAAAGACAAGAUUCUGGCUGGGUCUGUAA